CCGUCGUUUGGAGUGUGUCAGUGUGUGUGUAUGUGGAACGGGAGGGAAAUGCUGGGGACGAAGCAAUGCCAACGAUACAGCGAAGAUGAGACACUCGAUAUUUGUGUGUUUGAUCCCAGACAGGGCUAGCUAGCCCGCUCGCUGUCGCUGAUGAGCAAAAACGCCGAGCCCGGCCGGCGUCGUGUUCGGCGCGGCGCCCCGCACGCCCCACUGCCCAGUGCCCACAGAACCGCAUGCAGGCAGCCAGUCCACGCCUGAGCCUGACGCCUGCUGGUGGCGGCUGCACGCUUUUAUAUUCCCGUCGUGCUGGCUCUCAUCUCAUCUCAUCUCUGGUGCAACGAGGUUUCCUACUAAUAACAAGCGUGGCGGCCUCUCUCGCUCCGUCGCCUAUAUAACCAUCGGGAGCACGAUCACUGAAACGCCUCCAUGGCUGGUGGCCUUCGUUUUUCACCUCAGUUCCGUUCCUAGCUGCUAUCCUUCUGCUUCAUCAUAUUCAGGGUAUCGUCCUAGGAUUUCGUACUUAGAGAAACUGUUAAUUAACCUUUCAGCUGUGUUUUGGAGGUACGUAGCAGAGCACUAACUACCUCUAGAGAGAGGCCAGGAGCUGGAGGAGUCGUGAGCGGGGGGGCGCAUCACAGGUCCGGCACCGACAUGCGCAGAGCGUCACCGUGGCACUCCCACUCCCACCGCAGCAAGCGCGCGCCGUUCGACGCCGCCCUCUCCGCCGCCAACAACAAGCUGCCCUGGCCGUCGCCGCGGCGCCCGGCGAACCAUGCCGUCCUCCUUUCUGACCUCUUCUUCCUCUUCCGCUUCGUCGCACCUCUCUUACCUGAUCCCUGCUAGGGCGGCGCCGCCGCCUCCCUUUGCCAUGGGACAGGGAUACGGUGCCACCAGUGGCGGCGGCGUGGCGAACGCCACGAGUGCCGCGGCGGCGCCUCCGCCUCCGAGGCAGGGAGCCAGCAGGAACGCGGGCGCGGGGCACCCGCCGCUGCCGCGCCCGCCGCCGCGGCAGUGCCCGCGCUGCCGGUCCGCCAACACCAAGUUCUGCUACUACAACAACUACAGCCGCGAGCAGCCACGGUACCUCUGCAAGGCGUGCCGCCGCCACUGGACCGAGGGCGGCACGCUCCGCGACGUGCCCGUCGGCGGCGGCCGCAAGAACAGGCGCGGCGCCAAGGGCGGCGCCGCUGCGAAAGGGUCUGCCUCGGCCGCGGCCGCGGCUCCGGCGCAGCAGGGAGGGAACGUCCUCGGCGCCGACACGUUCCCAGGGGACUUGCUGCGGCAGCUGGUGCAGUUCCAGCCGGACGCGGCCGUGGGCGGGGGCGGCUACGCCAUCGACCUGAGCGCGUGGCACCAAAUGGUCGCUGCCACGGCGCCGCCGCCGCCGCCGCCGGGAACUGGCGGCGAUGUCAGCAGUCUCGGUCUCGGAGCGGCGGGGGCGGGAGCGGGAGCGGAGGCCAACUGCGUCGCGUUGCAGUACUGGAGCGAAGACGGCAUGCCCGGUCUUGAUGGGGCCUGCUAAGUGCGUACUACUACUAGAGCUUUGUUAUUACUAUUACGGUAUUACCACAGGAGUAUGUUCCAGCCUACUUAUAUAUGUGUGCGUGUACUGCGUGCGAAACAUACAUACUAGUUAGUAUAUAUGAUCAGCUUGUUUUCUCUACUUCCUUGUGGCGCGUACUAUGUAUUCUUAGCUAAAUAAAAUUGUGCGCGUGCUAAUAAACUACGCUGCUCCAACCA